GCAAGAGAAUGGAAAGAACUUGAGUUUAAGGAAUUUGAAACCUGUGUGACUGAAGAAAAAGAACAGGGACGGGACAACUUGGUGGGGCUAGAGAAGCAGUUCUGUGAUCAACAACACGGCACGAACACUGGUUUGAAAAUACACUUCCAGCUCCCUCAAAAAAACGUUUUUUAACAACUUGAUUGGAGACCGAAAAGGUUGGAGCGACUUUUGCCGUUUUUCGUCACUGUAGUUAAAACAAUGGACUUUCCGCAGUUUCUGCGCUGAGAGAAAACUGCCUGUGAGUUUUUUUUUUUAAACUUCGGACUGGAGUUAAAACGUCAGUAGGCUGUAGUAGUAGUCAGCAGCGGGAGUAAGCAGAAACAAUUCUAGGACGGUAAUCGGGGUAAAGUUUUGAAAUUGUUUUUCGCAACAUAAAAUGAGAAUCAGGGAAGCAGAGGAGUGAUAGCGAGUGGAAGAAAUACCUUUGGAUUUAAAUCGCGAGCAGUCAGUCGGAAGAACAUCCGCUAAACUUUUCAGUGUACAACAGAGAUUUUUAACAGAGCCCGAGAGAGUUAUUGGAAUGCGGUGACGCGAACUGGAGUUGUAUCCAACAAGUUCAAAGUUGGAACCGUGAAUUCUGGUAGAAGUGCGCUGCUCCGAGGGACCAGCUAUGGAGAGCGGGUCACAGGGACCGGCGCUGGGGAUACUGUUUGUCGGCGCAUUUUUUUGUUUAGGAUCUGCAAACACUUUGACAGAGCCGCAGUUCAUCCGUAGCCCCGGUAACGUGACGUCGUCGCUUGGGAAGCCUGUAAAAGUGGUGUGUACACUGCAGGGUUGGGGGGGCGAGGACCCCCCUGAUGUGGUCUGGCAGCGGGACGGACAGCCCCUGGAGUACGCUGACACCAACCAAAUACAGGUUCCUGUGGCUUCACGCAGCUGGAUGGUUAUCAGCACACUCAGGAUAGAGAAGGUGCAGCUACCUGACAUGGGUUCUUACCGCUGUGCUGUGAUGUCAGAGGGACACCAAACUCUGUCUGUAGCAGGACACAUUCAUCUAGAAGGUCUUCCUCAUUUCUCUGUGGAGCCUCAGCACCAGUCGGUGGUAGCCAAUGUGUCUCUCAGUCUGCACUGUGUGGCCCACGGCCCCCCGGAGCCCGUCAGAGUCAUCUGGCUGCAGGACGGGGCCCCUCUAAACUCUCUGCAGGACCAUGUUGCCCUGUCCCCCUCUACAGUCAAUAUAACAGGUCUGAACAGAACCAGUACUUUCUCCUGUGAGGCGCACAACCGUAAAGGAGUGGCAACAUCAGGCUCUGGGACCAUCACAGUCCUGCCAUCCCAGCCCCAGAGAGUCAGGGCUGUUGACGUCACCAACUCUAGCCUGCUCCUCUCCUGGGAACCUGGCUUUGGAGGAGUCUAUCCUAUAACCCACUGCACCCUACAGGUCAAGCGUCCAGGAGAGGACGUCGGUGUCGGGGGGGCGGAUCACAUGAUCCACAACCAGCACAUCCCACCCGCCGGCCACCUGAUCAGGGAUCUGGAGCCGAACAGUGGCUACGCAGUGAGGCUUGCCUGUCACACCACCCAGGGGGUGUCCGAUUGGACACACUGGGCCACACUACACACCGCAGAAGGAGUGCCCGACGGACCUCCGGGGAACGUCAGUGGGGUGUUAAAUGGGACAGAAGUGAUGGUCAGCUGGGAGGAACCAGAUGGAAGGAUGAACGGAGACCUACAGGGAUACCUGCUGGAGUACAGCAGCCCCAAUAUGGAACAGGCUGUAGUGGACACGGGCCUCUACACAGAGCUGUCCGUCAACCUGUCCGUCCCUCUGUCUAAUGUGUCCUUCAGGGUGUGCCUACACCAAGGGACAGGGGCCAUGGACCCCUACACACCCUCACCCUUAUCCCCCUGGAAGCACAUGACUAACCCACCUCCCCUCCUCUCCCCAGAUACCUCCUACCAGCCGCUCUUCUCUUGGCACUGGUGGCGGAAGGAGACACGCUUUGGGGAAGUGUUUGAGCCCAUGAUGGAGAGUGGAGAGUUGGUGGUGAGGUACAGAGCACGACGUACAUACAGCCGCAGGACCACUGAGGCCACAUUGAACACCCUCGGCAUCAGUGAUGAGCUGAAACAUAAGCUGCAGGAUGUGAUGGUGGACAGACACAAACUAACCCUGGGAAAGACUCUGGGAGAGGGAGAGUUUGGCUCUGUGAUGGAGGGAGUGUUAACACAUGAGGAGUCUGUUCUCAAAGUGGCUGUGAAGACCAUGAAGAUCGCCAUCUGUACCCGCACUGAGAUGGAAGACUUCCUGACAGAAGCUGCCUGUAUGAAGGAGUUUGACCAUCAGAACGUCAUGAGACUGCUAGGUGUGUGUCUACAGACAGUAGAGAGUGAAGGUUACCCCUCCCCUGUGGUCAUCCUGCCCUUUAUGAAACACGGAGACCUACACAGCUACCUGCUCUACUCACGGCUUGGAGACUGCCCGGUGUACCUGCCGUCUCAGAUGCUGGUGAAGUUCAUGGUGGAUAUCGCCAAGGGGAUGGAGUAUCUCAGCAGAAACAACUUCAUCCACAGAGACCUGGCUGCAAGGAACUGCAUGCUGAAUGAGAACAUGAAUGUGUGUGUUGCUGACUUCGGCCUUUCUAAGAAGAUAUAUAACGGAGACUACUACCGCCAGGGUCGCAUCUCUAAGAUGCCCGUCAAAUGGAUCGCCAUCGAGAGCCUGGCAGACCGCGUCUACACCACCAAGAGCGAUGUGUGGUCAUUUGGCGUGACCAUGUGGGAGAUAGCAUCGCGCGGCCAGACUCCGUACCCAGGUGUGGAGAACAGUGAGAUAUAUGACUACCUGAGACAAGGAAACCGUCUCAAACAACCUCCAGACUGUCUGGACAGCAUUUAUUCCCUGAUGUUCUCCUGCUGGUUCUUGAGUCCUAAGGACCGUCCUCUGUUUGAGACUCUACGUGGGGAGCUGCAGAAAGCUCUGGAGGACCUGCCGGACUCCCAGGACCCAGAUGAGAUCCUCUAUGUCAACAUGGAGGAGUCGAUGGAACUGGGGGCCGUGGGGGGACGCGACCCAGCCGGGGGCCUGAAGGGCUUGGACUCUGUGGCCACGGUGGAGGUGCACCACACCCACCCGAGCCGCUAUGUCCUCUGUCCCCAACACGACACCAACCGCCUGCUCUCUGACUCCCUGGAGAGUCUUAACCUGGUGUCCUCCUCUUCCGCCACGCUGCCCCUGGGGACAACCCUACAACCCUCCGGCUGCUCCACCCCGACAAGCACGGCAGAGGUGCAGGAGGACAGGGGAGGGCCCAGGAAGGUACCCUGGUAGUGAUGAAGGGCUCUACGCUCACCACUGUCACAGAGUCAAUACAGACUGGUCAAUACCAUCAGAACUAUACAAUCCCUCCUGUUGGUAUUCACUGUCAGUCUUGACAGAUGGACAAUACCAUUUAAUCCCAAUCAAAUAAUUUAGCAAGCCUUUUUUGCACAAACAUACUUCUACACACACCCAUACACACUCCUUUAGGCAUUCCAAGUUGUGAUUGAAAUAGUGGGAUUGUCAAAAUGUACAUAGUUACGUCCUCACAUCUACUCCUUCUUAAGCACACUUCGUACCGUAAUGAGUCUACAGACUAUUGGCCCUGAAACCCUUCAGACAGACCAGACAGUAAAGACCAGUACCCCUCAGACAGUAAAGACCAGUACCCCUCAGACAGUAAAGACCAGUACCCCUCAGACAGUAAAGACCAGUACCCCUCAGACAGUAAAGACCAGUACCCCUCAGACAGUAAAGACCAGUACCCCUCAGACAGUAAAGACCAGUACCCCUCAGACAGUAAAGACCAGUACCCCUCAGACAGACCAGACAGUAAAGACCAGUACCCCUCAGACAGUAAAGACCAGUACCCCUCAGACAGUAAAGACCAGUACCCCUCAGACAGUAAAGACCAGUACCCCUCAGACAGUAAAGACCAGUACCCCUCAGAAAGACCAGACAGUAAAGACCAGUACCCCUCAAGACAGUAAAGACCAGUACCCCUCAGACAGUAAAGACCAGUACCCCUCAGACAGUAAAGACCAGUACCCCUCAGACAGUAAAGACCAGUACCCCUCAGACAGUAAAGACCAGUACCCCUCAGACAGACCAGACAGUAAAGACAAGUACCCCUCAGACAGUAAAGACCAGUACCCCUCAGACAGUAAAGACCAGUACCCCUCAGACAGACAGACCAGACAGUAAAGACCAGUACCCCUCAAACAGUAAAGACCAGUACCCCUCAGACAGUAAAGACCAGUACCCCUCAGACAGUAAAGACCAGUACCCCUCAGACAGUAAAGACCAGUACCCCUCAGACAGUAAAGACCAGUACCCCUCAGACAGUAAAGACCAGUACCCAUCAAACAGUAAAUACCAGUACCCAUCAAACAGUAAAGACCAGUACCCCUCAGACAGUAAAGACCAGUACCCCUCAGACAGUAAAGACCAGUACCCCUCAGACAGUAAAGACCAGUACCCCUCAGACAGUAAAGAC